AUGCAAUUACCAAAGAAAAAGAAAGAAAGAAGGUCUUGGCGUCAGAUCAUUAAGGAUGCCUAUAGUAACAUGACAGGAAAUACAGCCAUUGCAUCAGGUAUUCCCGGUGAAAACGGGGCCCGCAUAAUUCAUAUCAACAAUAAGCAAUUGAAUGACGAACAAAAGUUUUUACAUAACGGAGUGACAACUGGAAAAUACAGCCUGGUUAGUUUUUUGCCAAGAUUCUUGUAUGAAGAAUUUUCAAAAUAUGCCAAUCUUUUCUUUUUGUUCGUGUCAUGUAUUCAGCAAAUUCCUGAUGUUUCGCCUACGUCAAGAUGGACUACUUUAGUGCCUUUGGUUAUUGUAUUGUUCAUUACUGCUGUAAAAGAAGUGGCGGAGGACUGGGGUGUACAUCGUUCAGACGCAGAAUUAAACUCUAAAAAAUGCAAAGUAUUAGAAAGAACACAAUUUGUAGAAAAACAAUGGAAGGACAUCAAAGUGGGUGAUGUGUUGCGUAUCGAGAGUGGAGAGAACUUCCCAGCAGAUCUUAUUUUGAUUAGUAGUAGUGAACCAGAAGGUCUUUGUUACAUUGAAACCAGUAAUUUAGAUGGUGAAGUCAACUUGAAGAUCAAACAGGCAUUACCACAGACAGCAAAUAUCCUGAAUCCUAUUGACAUGCACCAGUUACAAGGUGUCAUUCAGUCAGAACAACCGAACAAUCGACUUUAUAACUAUGAUGGUACACUCUCCCUUCCCAACCUAGGUAGUCAUCAACGCGAUAUUCCUCUUGACCCUACUCAAUUGCUGCUUCGAGGUGCUCAAUUAAGAAACACAUCUUGGGUAUAUGGUAUUGCUAUCUUUACUGGUCAUGAAACAAAGCUCAUGUUGAAUUCAAGUAAAAAACCCUCCAAAGUAUCCAACGUCACUCGUAUCACCAAUCGCAACAUCAUGUAUCUUUUUUGGAUUUUAGUGGCUAUGAGUUUAGCAGGUGCUAUUGGCGGUGUUGUAUUCUCGAUGUAUAAAGGAGGACAAGCUUCUUAUUUGCCAAUCCAUACACUGAGUUAUGGACAGGAAUUUGGUUAUGAUAUUUUGACUUUUUUGAUUUUGUUUAAUUCGUUUAUUCCUAUCAGUUUAAUGGUUACCAUGGAAGUGGUCAAGUUUGUCUUAUCUUAUCUGAUCGAAUGCGAUCUAGAUAUCUACUAUGAAAAGACAGAUACACCCGCUACAGCACGCAGUAGUAGUCUGAUUGAAGAACUAGGUCAAGUCAAAUUCAUCUUUUCUGACAAGACAGGCACAUUGACAUGCAAUGAAAUGCAAUUCCGACAAGCCUCAAUUGGUGGAUUAUUUUAUGCAGACCAAGUAGAACCAGACAAGAAAGCCACAGAAGACUCCAGUGAUCCUACGCUGCAAUACACAUUUGAUCAGCUACAAGAACACUUGAACACACACUCGACAGCGAACGUGAUUAACGAAUUCCUAACACUGUUAGCUGUCUGUCAUACUGUCAUUCCUGAAAAACAAGAAGAUGCAGAAGACAUUGUCUAUCAAGCUUCUUCGCCUGAUGAAGGUGCACUUGUCAAAGGUGCCUCUGGCCUAGGCUAUCGUUUUCAUACCAGACGACCCAACUCAAUCACCUGUCGUAUUCGUGGUAAAGACCAAGAAUUUCAAGUGCUCAAUAUCUGUGAAUUCAAUUCAACACGUAAACGUAUGUCUGCUGUCAUUCGUGGUCCUGAUAACCGCAUCAAGCUAUACUGUAAAGGCGCCGAUACGGUUAUUCUGGAACGACUGGCAGCCGAAAACCCUUUUGUUGAACCUACGCUUGUUCAAUUAGAAGAGUGUGCGUCUGAAGGUCUUCGUACCUUGUGUAUUGCUAUGCGUGAAAUUCCUGAAGAAGAAUACCAACACUGGUCUCAAAUACAAGAAGCAGCAGCAACGACCUUGAUCAACCGUGCUGAAGAACUCGAUAAAGCUGCAGAAUUGAUUGAAAAGGACUUGUUUUUAUUGGGUGCUACAGCCAUUGAGGACCGUCUUCAGGAUGGUGUGCCUGAUACCAUUCAUACUUUGCAAGAAGCGGGUAUUAAAGUAUGGGUCUUGACAGGUGAUCGACAAGAAACGGCUAUCAACAUUGGUUAUUCAUGCAGAUUGUUAAAUGAAGAUAUGAGUUUGAUUGUGUGUAAUGAAGACAACCACUGGGAAACAAAGAGCUUUUUAGAAAAGAAAUUGAGAGAUAUUAACGAUGUUAUGAUGCGUGGUGAAGAACUAGAGCCUUUAGCAUUGAUUAUUGAUGGUAAAGCAUUGACAUUUGCACUUGAAAAAGACAUUGAAAAGGUCUUUUUCGACCUUGCUGUUCUUUGUAAAGCUGUCGUAUGUUGUCGUGUAUCCCCUCUUCAGAAGGCUCUUGUGGUUAAAUGCGUUAAAAAAUUUGACACUUCCAUUUUACUUGCCAUUGGUGAUGGUGCCAAUGAUGUCUCUAUGAUCCAAGCUGCUCAUGUUGGUGUAGGUAUCAGUGGUGUAGAAGGCCUUCAAGCCGCCCGUAGUGCAGACUUUGCCAUUUCUCAAUUUAGAUUCUUAAAGAAACUGCUGCUUGUGCAUGGUGCUUGGGCCUACCAACGUCUUAGCAAGAUGAUCUUUUACUACUUUUACAAGAAUGUUGCUCUUUACUUGACACAAUUUUGGUAUGCUUUUUACAAUGGAUUUUCUGGCUCCACCUUGUAUGAAUCAUGGACCAUGUCUUGUUUCAAUGUCAUCUUUACCUUUUUACCUCCUCUUGUCAUUGGUAUCUUUGACCAGAUUGUAUCUUCACGUAUGCUUGACAAAUACCCUCAAAUGUACACACUUGGCCAAAACAAUGUCUUUUUUAAUCAAAAGAAGUUCUGGGGUUGGAUGGCAAACGCAACCUAUCAUUCAUUGGUACUGUUCUUCAUUGGUGUAGGUGCUUUUAGAACAGAAGGUGUGUUUAAGAAUGGUAUAUUGAGUGGUCAAUGGUGGGCAGGUGCUGCUGUCUUUACUGGUGUCUUGGGAACGAUUCUUUGGAAAGGUGCCUUGAUUAUAGAUUUCUGGACAAAGUAUACUGUGAUUGCUAUGGUUGCAUCUAUGGCAGUUUGGUUCCUGUAUGUCAUCAUCGUGUCCUAUGUCGCACCCGCUAUCUCGAUUGAUGCUUUACCUGAAUACUAUGGCAUGGUACCCAUGCUAUGGGGUAAUGUUAACUUUUGGUUAUUUUUGUUGAUUGUACCUUUUAUUUGCAACCUGAGAGACUUUGUUUGGAAAUAUGCUCAACGAGUUAUUUGGCCAAUGCCAUAUCAUUUUGUACAAGAAAUUCAAUUUUACAAUUUACCAGACUAUAGACCACGUAUGGAUCGCUUUAGACAGGCUGUCAAUAAAGUACGCCGUAUCCAGCGACUGAAGCGUAACCGUGGUUAUGCUUUUUCUCAAAACGAAACAGAUCAAACCAAGAUUAUUCGUGCUUACGACACAACAGUCCAGAAGCCAUCUGGACAGUAA